CCAGUGCCUCCUGUUAGAGCAGAAAGGAGAGUCAACCUUGUGAAGAUGAUGAAGAUCUUCGGUGUUCUCCUAGUGGCCGGCCUCGUAUCCCUUUCUGUUUACUAUUUCAUAAAAUUAAAUCACAAGGAUCAAGAGCUGGAGGAGUUAAGAAAUCCAAGUUACAUCUUGACCAGUAAGUACAGCGCUCUGUCUGAGGAUCAGGCUACCCUGCAGUCCGAAGACGAAAGAAACAACAGUGAACUGCAGGAAAGUCGAGAUAUGCUGAAGGCCGAAAGGAAAAGAAAGUACAGUGAACUGCAGUCAAAGUACGUAACUCUGAAUGAGAAACUUGAUGAAGUGACCAAGGAGUUCAGUGUUCUGAAGGAAAUCUACUGUGAUGGUACAAACACGUCUCCCGAUAACACUUGCUCUCUAUGUAAACCAGGCUGGGUCCUCUUCAGUUCCAAGUGUUACUUCAUCUCCACUAAUAAACUGACCUGGAAGGAGAGCCGUGAUUGGUGCGAGACAAGACGUGGACGACUAGUGAAUAUAGAAAGUUCUGACCUGCAGGACUUUCUAAAAAGUAAAGAUGAAGGUGAUCAUUGGAUUGGCGGAUACAACAUCAGUAAAGAAAACAAAUCUACCAAGAUGGGCGCUGAACCUGUGAAGUCCAAGAGAGCCAGCGAUGACGACAAAGAAGAGUGUUUGAGAUAAACGUGCAGUUGACCAAGGUGUAUAACUACAACUGUGGAGAGACAUCACGAUGGAUCUGUGAGUCCGCUGUGUUUCCUCUUCGUAUUUAAACUUCUAUCAAGAGUUCCAGUCACCUGCCAGAGCCGCUGUCUUCAGGAGUCGUAAGGAUCACUUCAUCAGUAAAUCACAGAGCUGCUAGUCUGAGCCGAGUCCAGACGUUCACGUCACUUUGUCAUGUAGGUGACAGAGGUAGUGAGUGACAACAUACUCUACAUACAGGACUGGGGGAAAUGAAAGCUGCCAUCUUAUUGUAAUGUCAGUGUUGGUCUGUGACUUCUUCUCAGUUCUCACUAAAUAGACCCCCGGACCCUGAACUGCACAUGGUGGUUAUAGAUAACUGAUGAAAUGAUAAAGCUUCAUUUACAUAUGAGAAGAAAUGCACAGUUCUGAGUUUUAUAAAACUAUUUUAUAUUUGUGUAACAAGCAACACAUUCAAGUCCUUUCAGCAUUUAGUAAAAUGAAGAUACGUCACCAACCUGUGUGUGUCUUGAGUGACGUGAUAAAGUAUUUACCCCCUUCCUAGUAUGUUCUGUUUUUACAUAUUUUACACAAUGCAUGACCUCUGACCUUUAGAAAUAUGAAAUAUUAGAAAAAGGAGACCUGAGGAAAGACACAAUAGAGUUUUUAAAUCACUGCUUUCUUUAUUCAAUGAACAAAGUUAUUAAUCCAACACCUCAGUGACCGAUGUGAAGGUGUCAUUGCAGAUCAGAGUCUCAGUGAAC